AAACUAAACGUAGAAGAAGUAGAUGUUGCGACAGAAAAAAACGCUUAACGGCAGCAAACUGCUCCCGCCUUGGACGUGCGAGGACUAUUAAACACAACAAUCUUACUUAUCUGGACAACAACCUCGCCAUGAUGGCUGUUGCCAUGACUGCAACAUGCCCGGGCUUGUACUGUGGCAGGAUACUGUUCAACGGUUCUGUUGAGAGAGACUGUGGCGUUUGUCCUCGUGGAGAGCGGGCCAACAACCAGAAGGUGUGCGAACGCUGCACCGAGUUCCCCGAGCUUUAUGAUUGGCUCUACCUGGGCUUCAUGGCCAUGUUGCCUCUCGUAUUGCACUGGUUCUUCAUUGAGUGGUAUUCGGGGAAAAAAAGUUCCAGUGCUUUCCUGCAACACAUCACCGCCAUGUUGGAGUGCAGCAUGUCGGCCGUCUUCACUCUGCUGGUGACCGAGCCUGUCGGGAUGCUCACUAUCCACUCCUGUCGGGUCCAGAUGCUGUCAGACUGGUACACCAUGCUCUAUAAUCCCAGUCCAGACUACAUCAACACUUUACACUGCACCCAGGAGGCCGUCUACCCACUAUACACAAUCGUGCUCAUCUACUACGCCUUCUGCUUGGUCCUGAUGAUGCUGCUGCGCCCGCUACUUGUCAAGAAGAUUGCAUGUGGGCUGGGCAAGUCGGACAGAUUCAAGAGCAUCUACGCUGCUUUAUACUUCUUCCCCAUCCUCACGGUGCUGCAGGCUGUCGGGGGAGGACUUCUCUAUUAUGCCUUUCCCUACAUCAUACUGGUCCUGUCUCUGGUCACUUUGGCCGUUUACAUGUCGGCCUCUGAAAUACAGUCCUUCAAGAACCUGGUUGCCAAGAAGAAGCGUCUGGUGGUGUUGUUCAGCCACUGGUUGCUGCACGCGUACGGCAUCAUCUCCAUCUCGCGCCUGGACAAGCUGGAGCAGGACCUGCCGCUGCUGGCCCUGGUGCCCGGCCCCGCCCUCUUCUACAUCGCCACAGCUAAGUUCACCGAGCCCAGCCGGAUCCUGUCGGAGGGCGGAAACGGACACUGACCUUUCCUAACCACACGGACUCAAGGAAGCCAUACAUAGAAAAAAAUCGAAUUUUUUGCAUCGUUGCUUCAGACAAAUGGUCUUUCCCGGUGUUCUGUCCAAUGGAGCUGCUUCCUCAAAAAGAGCUGACUGGACACGAUACGACGGGUCUUUUAACUCACACCCAUUUGGGUUACAAAUAACGCUGCCACUGUAGCAUCGCGGCUAAUUAGCAACGUAAUUACCCGAAACUCCAAACGAGAAGCCGCUACUUUUUUCUUGCACUUAAAUAACUUACAAGAUGGUGCGACUAAUGAAUGGAUUUUUCCUUCAACGACGGCCAUGAUAAAAAUAGUUUGAAAAAACAAAACGAGUAAAAAACAUUGAGAUAGUGUGUUAUUGUUUGUGCUAUGGCGCCAUCUUUCGGACAAGUUCACUCACUGCAGCUGGUGCCGUGUCCUUCUAUUUAGCGCCUUCUAUGCGGGCCGUCCAUAGCGUUUCUACUCAUAAGGAUUCUUCGUUCAUCACUCCAAGCAGCCUUUGUAAGUUUUACAAUACAACUACAACAAUUCAUACUUUCUAAAGCGUGCCAUGUGUGAGGUCUGUAGGAGUGUUAACAUGCAUAUUUGUACCUGCUAUCAAUAGCACGAGCUAAUAUGCUAACACGUUUUCGAGUGUCUGUGUUCAUAUUAUUAACUUACAACGGCAUUCUUCUAUUGUUUCAGUUUCACAAAUUCUUCAGUAAACUCACCAAAACGUCACCGUGGAGUUAUUGAAUCCGUUUAGCUGAUCGGAGAGCUAGCGUGCGCAGCUAGUGGGUCCAUGAUGACGGGUGCUGUCCGGGUUUAGAGCUUUGAAACGGAAGUACAAUUGCCAUUCCAUCUUCUGAGUCGUCCGUAGUGUUUCUACUCACCUUUCAUCACUGUAAAUUUUACAAUAUAACUAAAACAAUUUGUACUUACUAAAGCGUCCCACGUGCAAUGUCUGUAGGAGUGUUUUCAUGCAUAUUUGUACCUGCUAUCGUAAUGCAAUGACGCUAGCGUUGUGAAGAUUAGCUAAUAUGCUAACAUGUUUACAAGCAUCUUAGUAUGAUUAACUUUCAAUGACAUUCUUUUUGUGUAGUUUCAGUUUCACAAAUUCCUCAGUAAACUCACCAAAACCUUACUGUGGAGUUAUCGAGUCUCUUUAGCUGAUCGGAGAGCUAGCAUGCGCAGCUAGUGGGUCCAACACGAUGACUUCUGUUUUGUUUGAUCAGCCGUUUUACUGCCCUGUCACAGGCACGGUUUGGAAAGAAAUAAGGUAUGUAAAUAAGUAUUUAUCUUCUAUGUGUAAAUAGCUCAUUUCUACGAUCCAUCCUUUUUCUACCGCUUGUCCCUUUUGGGGUCGCAAUCUCAAUCUCACAACGUAUAUAUCUGCGGCUAAUAUAUGGAAAAGUAUGUUUUUUAAUCUAAAAAUUUGCGGGGGAAAAACGUUAUUUUUACUCUUGCAGCAACUGUCAUUGUUGACGUGCCUCCUGGUCAGAAAAUACACUGAAAGAAAUGCUCGGUAGCGUCGGGUAUCUCGACUUUGACGGGUCGCGGACUUGGACAGAACACCCGAAAAACAGUUAAUGGGGACUUCCUCAAUAAAAAAAAAAAUAAAUCAACAAACAGACUGAGAAUAAUGUCUAAAAUCAAAAAUAUGGUGUGUUUUACUUACUUGAUAGUACAUUAAAACUUACAGUACAUAUACAUAUGUACAUAAUCGCGUUUCAUCAAACAUAUACUAACAUUGUUGCCCUAGGGCAGGGGUCGGCAACCCAAAAUAUUGAAAGAGCCAUAUUGGACCAAAAAUACAAAAACAAUUAUGUCUGGAGCCACAAAAAAUUAAAAGCCAUAUUACAUACAGAUAGUGUGUCAUGAGAUAUAAAUUGAAUUAAGAGGACUUAAAGGAAACUAAAUGAGCUCCAAUAUAGCUACAAAUGAGGCAUAAUGAUGCAAUAUGUACAUAUAGCUAGCCUAAAUAGCAUGUUAGCAUUGAUUAGCUUGCAGUCAUGCAGUGACCAAAUAUGUCUGAUUAGCACUCCACACAAGUCAAUAACAUCAACAAUACUCACCUUUGUGCAUUCACGCACAGCAUAAAAAGUUUGGUGGACAAAAUGAGACAGAAAAAGAAGUGGCGUAAAACACGUCCUAGAAAGUCGGAGAAAGUUGUACAUGUAAACAAACUAGGGUGAGUUCAAGGACUGCCAAAAUUAGUAGGACAAAACGGCGCUCGCCAAAUACUGGAAUCAGUGAAGCAUGUUUAAUAUAAACAGUGUGCUUUAUAACAAUUAGGGAGGUUUGUGUCAUGUUUGUCCUCCUACAGAAACAAUAAUAAAACAAAAAAUGUAUUUUUUUCAUACAUUUUUGAAAAAACUCCAGAGUUAAUUUAGAUGUAUAUAUUUUUAAAUUGCCUAAGUUUAAGUAGCGUGAAAUAACACAACAGACACACUGAUACAUUAGUGUUUAUUAUAUUAUAUUAUAUUAUUGUAUUCCUUCUUAAGAAUGCAAUAUGAAGGAAAUGUACAUAAUGUAAAUAAUUCAACCCACUAAGACAGGGGUCCCCAACCUUUUUUCCACCAGAGACCGGUUCAAUGCAUGCAUUAUAUUCACGCACUAGCUGUCUACGUGUGGCAGAGAAAAACAGCAAAAAUAUGAGCAUAAAAAGGUCAACUCACUAUAACGCUGAAGUUGUUGGAGCCCUUGGCGUGUUUCUGCGCCAAGAGAAGGUCCCCCGCAUGUUGAUGGCAUUUACUGCAUAAUAUGUGUUUUUCAGCUAUUGUAAUACAUUUUUGCACCACUUGUGGCAGUAAUGACAAUAUACAAACCCCGUUUCCAUAUGAGUUGGGAAAUUGUGUUAGAUGUAAAUAUAAACGGAAUACAAUGAUUUGCAAAUCCUUUUCAACCCAUAUUCGAUUGAAUGCGCUACAAAGACAACAUAUUUGAUGUUCAAACUCAUAAACUUUAUUCUUGUGCAUUUAAUAAUAACUUAGAAUUUCAUGGCUGCAACACGUGCCAAAGUAGUUGGGAAAGGGCAUGUUCACCACUGUGUUACAUCACCUUUUCUUUUAACAACACUCAAUAAACGUUUGGGAACUGAGGAUACUAAUUGUUGAAGCUUUGAAAGUGGAAUUCUUUCCCAUUCUUGUUUUAUGUAAAGCUUCAGUCCUUCAACAGUCCGGGGUCUCCGCUGUCGUAUUUUACGCUUCAUAAUGCGCCACAAAUUUUCCAUGGGAGACAGGUCUGGACUGCAGGCGGGCCAGGAAAGUACCCGCACUCUUUUUUUAUGAAGCAACGCUGUUGUAACACGUGCUGAAUGUGGCUUGGCAUUGUCUUGCUGAAAUAAGCAGGGGCGUCCAUGAAAAAGACGGUGCUUAGAUGGCAGCAUAUGUUGUUCCAAAAGCUGUAUGGACCUUUCAGCAUUAAUGGUGCCUUCACUGAUGUGUAAGUUACCCAUGCCUUGGGCACUAAUGCACCCCCAUACCAUCACACAUGCUGGGUUUUGAACUUUGCGUCGAUAACAGUCUGGAUGGUUCACUUCCCCUUUGGUCCGGAUGACACGAUGUUGAAUAUUUCCAAAAACAAUUUGAAAUGUGGACUCGUCAGACCACAGAACACUUUUCCACUUUUCAUCAGUCCAUCUUAGAUGAUCUUAGGUCCGGAGAAGCCGGCGGCGUUUCUGAAUGUUGUUGAUAAAUGACUUUCACUUUCCAUAGUAGAGCUUUAACUUGCACUUACAGAUGUAGCAACCAACUGUAUUUAGUGAUAGUGGUUUUCUGAAGUGUUGCUGAGCCCAUGUGGUGAUAUCCUUUAGAGAUUGAUGUCGGUUUUUGAUACAGUGCCGUCUGAGGGAUGGAAGGUCACGGUCAUUCAAUGUUGGUUUCCGUGGAGUGAUUUCUCCAGAUUCUCUGAACCUUUUGAUGAUAUUAUGGAGCGUAGAUGUUGAAAUCCCUCAAUUUCUUGCAAUUGCACUUUGAGAAAUGUUGUUCUUAAACUGUUUGACUAUUUGCUCACGCAGUUGUGGACAAAGGGGUGUACCUCGCCCCAUCCUUUCUUGUGAAAGACUGAGCAUUUUUUGGGAAGCUGCUUUUAUAGACAAUCAUGGCACCCACCUGUUCCCAAUUAGCCUGCACACCUGUGGGAUGCUCCAAAUAAUCGUUUGAUGAGCAUUCCUCAACUUUAUCAGUAUUUAUUGCCAUAUUUCCCAACUUCUUUGUCACGUGUUGCUGGCAUCAAAUUCUAAAGUUAAUGAUUAUUUGCACAAAAAAAAAUGUUUAUCAGUUUGAACAUCAAAUAUGUUGUCUUUGUAGCAUAUUCAACUGAAUUGGGUUGAAAAGGAUUUGCAAAUCAUUGUAUUCUGUUUAUAUUUACAUCUAACACAAUUUCCCAACUCAUAUGGAAACAGGGUUUGUAAAACAAACAAAAGAAGUCUGGCUCUAAUGUCAUAAGCGCAAAAAUGCUGACUAAAGUGGUGCAGCUGUUAAGUUAAGAAACAUAUGUAUUAUAUGAUAUAGUUUAUUUAUUUUAGCAAAAAAUAUUGUAUGUAAAUUUAUUGUUUAUUUGGUUAGUACUUCUUUUUAACAUCAGCCUGACCUAAGCUUAAGGUUUAUUUGUUAAAUCAAUAAUAUCAUCUUUGUGAUGAACACAUGCUUUUAUGUCAUUUGACAAGGUAGGUUCGAUAUAAAUAUUGAUCAAAAUCAAGAAGAAGAUGACUAAUUCAGUGUGUAUAGUAAAAGUUGGGUCUGGAGGUUAAAAAGUUAAAUCUGUACAAGGACCCUGCAGGGCACUGCAGAUGGAAAUGAGCCUUUGGCUACAAUCUGGCACGUUACAUUUUAUACCUCCAUUAUUGUGCAUUGUCCCAUGUACUAAAACAAAGUAGACGUAAUAUUGGUGUGUUUAGUGGGACAGGCCAAAGUUAAUUUGGAGAAAAUGCGGUAGUUUUUAAAUUAAAUAAUAUUUCUGUGCGGCCGGGUAGGAAUUGCGUCACAGACCGGUGGUUGGGGACCGCUGCACUAAGAUAUAUGUUACAUACUGUAGAAGCAAGUGUUAGAUUUGAUCAUGUGAUAGAAUCAUUGUGCUGAGUCUGGUCAAUGUAAACAAACACAUUCUAAGUGCACAACCAUGUAGACCGGGGGAUGUCCAAACUUUUGGACUGGAGUCACUAUACAUAUAUGUUAUUUGAAUAAACACGUUUCAGUGA